AUGAAGUGUUUUCACAUCGUAGUAUUUCUGAUCUUUCACUUGCUCCUAGCACAAUUGCAUGUGGAAGCUCUUAGUUGGGCUGCAUGGAGUCCCUGGAGUUCAUGUACAAAAACGUGUGGCGGUGGAGUUUCAAGACAGCUUCGUCGAUGUCUCACUUCGAAAUGCUCAGGAGAAUCGGUUCGAUUCAAAGUUUGUGCUCAAAAGACAUGCGAGUCAAAAUCUAGAUUAGCUAGGGAUACGAUUUGUGGAGGAGAGGAGAUGGUGUCAAGACAACAGUGCGAAGUAGUGUGUCGAUCCAGAGUGACAGGAGCCAAUUUCUUAUGGAGAGUUGAUGACGGAACACCCUGUCAAGCAGCUACUAGUAGAGCAGUCUGUAGCAAAGGAGCUUGUCAGAUUGUUGGAUGUGACGGUUUAAUUGGUUCUUCAUUCCGUUUCGACGCCUGUGGUGUCUGUGGCGGACGGGGUGAUACUUGUGACAACGGGAAAUUCGUCUGGAAAGUUUCAGAAGAAUACACUGCGUGUGCAUCAAACUGUGAUGAUAUUGUGGAUUGGGCAGGGGCUGGUCGAUCGAUUGCUUCCACAAGUCAACCGAUAGUUGUAUGUGUGAAUGCAGUCAGCGGAAGGGUUGUUCCAGAAAGAUUAUGCGCUGAUAAAUUGAGACCGAAAGUUGAAGCAAGACCGUGUCCGAUGCUGAUUUGUCCUUCGAGAUGGAUGGCUGCUGACUGGACAGAAUGCGUUCCUCAUUGUGGAUCAGGAACCAAGAGAAGAGAAGUUUAUUGUGUACAGACGGCUCAUAAUAUAACAGUUCAUGUCCCCGAUUCAUUUUGUGAAAAUGGAACCAGACCGGUAGCGGAGGAAAACUGUGUUUCAACAUCUUGCGGUCGAUGGGAAGCUGGAAAAUGGUCGAAAUGCACAGCUUCUUGUGGACAGGGUGUACGUCGUCGCCACGUGGCAUGUGUUGGUGGAUCAGAUUGUGAUGAAGGUGGAAGACCGAGACAAGAGACAACUUGCUAUUCUGGUAUACCUUGUGGUCUAGCAGCUAAUAGUUUGGACUGGAACGAUCGAGCAUAUUUGGAUGGAAACACUUUUGGAUCAAUGGAUAACCACAACGACUGGCAGGCUCCAAGACUAGUUGCCGGUGAAUGGAGUACAUGCUCAUCGACUUGCGGAACUGGUGUCAUGUCGCGCACCGUUGAAUGUGUAGCCGUCAAUCCGAUCUCUUCGGCACCCAUCAAACUUCCAAUGUCUGAAUGCCAGGAUCAAGAACAACCGAAAUUAUUUGAAUCAUGCGAAGUCCGUAGUUGCCCUCUUCAAGAAGAUUCCAAGCUCACUGAAGACGAAGCUCCUUAUCAAUGGAGAUAUGGUGAUUGGACUCAAUGCAGUGCAUCUUGCCUCGGAGGAAAACAGAAAGCUGCUUUGAAAUGCAUUCAAGUUUCAACUGGAAAGUCAGUCCAAUGGUCUCAAUGCGAUGCUCGUCGACGUCCACCAGAGAAGAGCCGUCCAUGUAAUCAACAUCCAUGCCCACCGUUUUGGUUGACUUCUUCGUAUUCGGAGUGUUCGAAGUGUGAAAUGUGUCAAACUGUUAGCAAAACCGACGGUGCUGAUGCUCACAUAAUACUUCGAGAUGAUAGAUGUCACUUCAAAAAACCACAAGAGACAGAGACAUGUAACGUCGUGGCUUGUCCUCCAACCUGGGUGACUGCACAAUGGACAGAAUGCUCUCGAUCGUGUGAUUCCGGAGAACGACGUCGGCAGGUUUGGUGUGAGAUCAAAGAUUCGAGAGGAAAAACUCAACGUCGUCCGGAUAUUGAAUGUGAUGCAAAUACGAAACCACAGUCAGUUGAAGUGUGCAGUUUUGGAUCGUGUUCUCGACCGGAACUUCUCACGAAUCGAGUAUUUGAGCAGAAUGUUGAACAGAAGAAGCUGACUUUGGGAAUCGGAGGAGUGGCUACUCUGUAUCAAGGAACAAGUAUUAAGAUUAAGUGUCCAGCGAAGAAGUUCGAUAAGAAAAAGAUCUAUUGGAAGAAGAAUGGAAAGAAGAUAAAGAAUGAUGCUCACAUAAAAGUGUCAGCAAAUGGAAACUUGAGAGUGUUCCAUGCAAGAAUGGAAGAUGCUGGAGUAUAUGAAUGUUUCACUGAUAGACUUCAAGGAAAUGUCACUUUGAAUUUCAAAUAUAGAGAUUUCCCAGCUACUAGAACGGAUUUACCGCAGAAAGUUCAACUUCCAACUAACGAAAACCAGCAACGGCCGCCUAUGAGUAGAGAAGACCAGAUUCGUGAGCAAGCAUCCGUGCUUCAUAAGAUGAAUGUUUCCCUGAUCGAAGGAUUGCUGACAGCUCCAAAUGAUGAAAAAGCACGGGAACAACUGAAGAAAUACGGUAACGAAUUGGUAGCAAGAUGGGAUAUUGGACACUGGUCAGAGUGCAGACAGAAAACAUGUCAUGUGGCUGGAUAUCAGUUGGCAAACACAAAUAUAAAUUUUCAGGCUCGCGGUCUAUCCUGUAAGGUAACCUUCCAUGGGGAAACCAGAAAUGUGGAUAACUCAAUUUGUGAAUCACUAGCAUCUGUUCGUCCGCCAGAAACCCGCCCAUGUCACAGAGAAAACUGUCCAAGAUGGGAAGCAUCCAAAUGGUCAGAAUGCUCUUCUCAGAGAUGUGUCAGCAGUAUGUUGGCACAGAAACGAAGAAAUGUUACUUGUCGUUUCACGAAUGGAACAUCAAUUGACAUUCAGCAUUGUGAUAUCACAAAUCGGCCAUCUACCACAAUGGAUUGUCCAAAUCAAAACUGCAAAGCUGAAUGGAGAACUUCUGAUUGGGGAUCUUGUAGCUCGGAAUGUGGCACAGGAGGUGUUCAACUCCGAUUACUAUCCUGUGUUUGGAUAUCUUCUGGACGUCCAGCAGGAAGAAAUUGUGAGCAGAUGAGACGUCCUCAUUCAGCAAGAGCGUGUGUAGCUGAUGAACCACUUCCACCUUGUAUGCCAACUGCAAGUUCUCUUUUCCAAAGAGACUCUUCGUGCCAAGACCAAUCUCGUUUCUGUGACAUUAUUAAACUGUUCCAUUCAUGCGAUUCAUUGGAAGUCCGCCAAAAAUGUUGUUCUACGUGUACUUUCGUCGAGCGAAAGAAAUUUUAA